GUGGAAGUCCCACCAAAAACAACAAUGUCACAACCACCCCUCCUAGUCGGCAUAUCCGGGCCCUCGUCGUCAGGGAAAACCACCCUCUCCCGACUACUACGCGACACCUUCCCGCCCGCCUCCCUUACAAUCCUGCACCUGGACGACUUCUACCUGACCGACACCUCGAUCCCCGUGAAGAACGGGAUCCAGGACUGGGACUGCCUGGAGUCGCUCGACCUGCCGAGUCUCAGGAACGCCCUGCUGUACAUAAAACAGCACGGCAGGAGCCCGGACUGGCUGGCCAGCAAAGAGGACCAGAACAGCGUGGGUGAGCAUGGCGUUUCAGAGCGCGUUGUAAAUGAGCUACGGAGAGAGGUGAGGGCGUUGGUGGAUGCGAGGCCGGAGUGGCGCGAGCGCCGGAUCUGCAUAGUCGAUGGGUUUCUGCUGUUUAGCGAGGAGAUGCGCGAGAUUCGUGAACUGUUUGAUGUGCGCAUGUUUCUGCGCACGAGCUAUGACACGGCCAAGAGGAGGAGAGAAGCACGAAGUGGGUAUGUCACGCUGGAGGGGUUCUGGCAGGAUCCGCCCGGCUAUGUUGAUGACAUCGUGUGGCCGAACUAUGUCAAGGAUCACAGGUUCCUGUUCGAGGACGGCGACGUGGAUGCUGAGCUAGACGAGGAUGUCCUCGAGAAGACAGGGAUCUGGGGGAUGCCAAGGGAGGCAGAGGGGGAUAUGGAGGUGUGUUUGAGGUGGGCGGUGGGUGUGCUGGAGGAUGUGAUCAAAGAGACCUAA